AUGUCAGCUGAACCUCGUGUAGCCUCACAUGCACCGCUAUUAGUUAAAGAAGGCGAACAAUAUCUUUCAACAGGAAUUAAUUUAAAUCACAAUAUGCUUAGUGGUAACUUAGAAACGUUUCCAGAAUUAGUCAAUUUAUUAUUAGUUGACCCAAAUAUGCUUCAAUCAUUGGAUUUAUCGUUCAAUAUGUUCAAUGAAGUACCCGCAUCAAUUAUUCAAUUCACAUCGCUAAAGUAUUUAUAUCUGCACAAGAAUCUGUUGAAUGAUAUAGGUGAAGUUAAAAAAUUAGUUCAAUUGAAGGAAUUAAAAUAUUUAACAUUACAUGGAAAUCCAAUCGAAGUUGCUGUACCAUAUUUGCGAUCGUAUGUUCUCUAUUUACUUCCAUCUUUGAGAUCUUUAAAUUGUACACCAGUAACAAAAGCCGAUUUAAAAACAAGUAACACAUGGGGAAAAAUGAAUAGAACAAUUUUUAAAACCGUUAAAAAGCCAACAAACAAUUGA